AAAAUCUGAUUUCACAAAGGCACCCCAAACUUCACUAUUGUAAGUUAAAAUCGGUGGGAUCAUUGUGUCAAAAAUUUUAUUUGCAAGGGAGGGUUUCAGUUUACUAAAAUAGGUAAGGGUGAAGUUAGGAUCCAUGUUGAUAUUAUGAUUAUAAUAGUUGUUAUAUCUUAAAUGUUCAUUCUGUAAAAAUAUGUUAUGAUUAUGAAUAUUAUUAUUAUUAAGUCACUAUUUGGAAAAAAACAUAUGAUGGAUGAGAAAGCUAUAAAAAUAUUGAACUUUUUAAAGCAAGCAAUUGAAAUGUUACAACGAGUAAUGUGUACUGCAUGCUGAAUUUUUUUAGAUUGAAUUUGAUGUAAAAUGGCUACUUCUCGAAGAUUGCAUUCUACCACCUUCUUGGUAAUUUUCUUGGUAUGGGCGAGCGUAUUGGAAAGUUGGGGACAGCACUGUGGGAAAACAGCAUAUGGAAGUAAGAGAACCGAUUAAUUGAUAAGCUUGCUGUAAGCGAGCGAGAUUCUAAAAAUGAAGGCUUUUCUUUCUUUUCUGUUUUUUUUUUUCGUGUGACCGACCCAAAUGGUAGGUUAUAUACUCCGAGACAUUCUUAGGGGAGACCGUGGAGGCUGGGGAUAAGAAUCGUCACGACUUUCAUUGUAUGCAAAUGAGUCUCGUGAUGAGCAUGUUGUUUAUCUUCGGCGAUGACUGAAAUCUAGGCAUUAAGUUGAUCACGUUUGUGUUCGCUGUUUGCCAAUGAUGUAAUGAUGUAAUUUUCCCCAUUUUCACGUUGUAGUCGUACAACGACGGCUAAAAAAUCGCGAUCAACGUUAAAAGUUGUUGUUUAAGCUCUCUAUUGGUGCAAUUACUGAACUCUACAGUUAGAUAGAUUCACUUUGUUGAAUGUAUAUACGCUGUGGUUAUAUACUCGGCAGCCGAGAAGGGUCAUAUAAAAAACUAAAUGCCCAGCAGUCAGAGAAUUUUUAGGAAUUUUGGAAAAUCCUUUUUUCUAAUUGUUUGACAGUAGUAUUCUUUCUUAAUUUAGAAUAACCAAGCGAUCAGGUAAACAAAACUGGCUUCUCAGCUGAGCGUUUGUGAUUUGUUGGGCAUAGAGCGGAGUCGACGCUAUUUCGACACUUUCAAAAAAACUUUGUAUGAGUAGCAGCGCGCGACUCACGGGCACGAUUUCACACAGGCUAGAUACUCGGUAGUCUAAAAGCGGAGCUGGAAAGUUAAAAAGCUUCCUCUUCAGCUCCAGAAUACAUGCAUAGUAGCUUCGAUCAGUUUCCCAAAUAAAACGGAGAGAGAGUGCUUUGAUUUUAAAACUAAAUAUUUCGCAACCUCUGCCCGCCUUCAGCUAGACUCUUGACACAGCUUGAUAUACUGGUGGUGCUGCUGAAUCCUGGGAAAAGGUUCGUCUAAUUAUGGAAAAUUAUUAUUUCUUCAAAAUUAUUAUUUCUUCAAAAUAUUCUAUCCUGGUUUAGAAUUGGUGGGUGACGAGAGACAUCCCCCGUUUGAGUGUUACUUCACUGACUGUGAUCUCCCUAAUAACAUUUGAUGACUUUCGAGCGGUUUCUCCUCUGCCUUGAUCCUUCCAACGUUUUCAGUGAUCUCCCGUUUUGGGUUCUCAAUUACGACUGAUCCCCUCUUUUGUUCUCCUAAAAAUCAAGUGAUCCCCCCACCCCUUCCAAAAAAAUCCUGCGCCCCCCCUCCCGGCGAUAAAGAAUGACGAGCGUGUAGGAGCCAGUGAGAUUAUAUUUUGGCAUCUAAACAUGGCAUUGCUAAAAAGGGAAGAUUCUUGGUACGCGGUUACACUGAAGGUGAUUCAUCUACGAUCUCACUGGCAAUAGCCUUCUUCACCCCGAAUCGGCACUGACUUAAGGAUGGGAAAAUUGCCCUUUUUGGCGUUCGCACCGCUUCCUUGAUUCAUCCUUGUUGAUUUGUUGGCUUGAUCUUGCGGUGUAGGGGUGGGUGGAGAGUACAUAAAAAAAAUAAUUUAAGACAUUGUAUUAUUGAUAAGAAUUGUCCUAUUGAAUAUCUUUUUCUUUUAAAUAUAUGUAAGACGCUCCACAAGUGGACUUCUUUGCCACUGUUCAUGGUGACAAUUCGCUUUCAGAAAAUCCACAACGUUUUUACAACGAUAUUCUGGUGCAAAAGGACUCCAAUAUUACCUUGACAUGCACUGCAAAGGGGCCGAAAGAGCCAUCUGUGUGGGCAAGCUCGCACUACUACUAUCCGUAUGAAAUGAACUGGUUUGUCAACUCAACGUAUCUGAAGAUGCCUAUCUGCACUUACAAAAAACCCAGCCCGAAUAAGGCCUGUAUUCUGAAUUUGGGUAAAGUACAGCCAGAUGACCGUGGGAGAUAUUUCUGCCAGGCAGUUAACCGAGGGGGAUGCACUUAUAAGGAACUGAAUCUUACUGUCACUGGUGGUUACAGUACUACCACUGGUUCAAGUAAGUAACGAAAUUCAGAGCCAAAUAUUUGAAUCUUUCAAUCUUUCUUUAUUUCACACUAUAUAAGGCGUUUACACAAGUGUACGUAAGUAGGAGAACGAUAUAGCUGUAAAUAUAUGGAACUGACAAUAAUUUGUAUGCAAUUUUAAGCGAUGUGACUUCCCUGGUUUCACGGCAAAAUAUGCUGGUGACCCUGUGGUUUUCAAUGAACAACCCCCAAAAAAAAAAAAAGUACCACAGAGACUACAGAGACCUCAAUAUCUUACUAGGAUGGCCAUGUGAAUGUCACUUGAAUAGGUUAUUUAAAUAGUGGAAAGGUGUGAUGUCCAACUUUUCACUAGUCAGGUGUGACUAAUGAAUACACGUAAAUACAGUGAAACAAAUACAUCAUAGCAUGAGUCGAUUAAAAAAACAAACAAUGCUGUCGUAUAAUUGCACUGCAUAUGUAGCCCCGAUACAUGGUCUUAAGAUUCAAAUUAUCAACAGGGGUUAUAACCUGUUACACAUAGUUCCAAAAGUUACAGUGGAAUAAAAGAAUUAAACGGGACAUUACAUGAUGGACUUAGAAGCCGUUACAUGGGGGUUAUUAGUAAAAUACAACUAGUGGGUCUAUUAUUAAUGCUGCGUUCUAAUUGGUUGAGCUACUGCUAGGCUAUAUGUUAUAGCCCACUAGCAGCGAAAAGCGCGGGCCUUAAAUCACCUCAUCUAUGGUUUACAGCGACAGAUGUGAGUUUUACUGUGGCCACUAAGGAAAGUUUUUGUGGUUUGUGACAACCCUAUGACAUUUUUUUUUUCUUUCCAUCAUUUGGUUUAGAACAAACCUCCAAAACACCAGAUUACGAAACGAACCUGGUGCCAGCAAUAUCUGAGGCCCCAGCAACACAUGUGGUCCCACCAACUUCUGUGCAGGACCAAGCAACAACAGUUUCCUCAGUAACACCAAUAGUGCAAGCAGCACGUGUUUUCCCAUCAACACCUGAGGAUGUUCCAGCAAGAAAAGUUUCCCCAGUAAAACCCGAGGCGCAAGCAACACGUGUUGAUGAUGAUGAUGAUGAUACCUCUUUUAGCGGUGUAUAA